AUGGUUAAGAAAAGAGGAGCAGCUAUAUUACCAACAAAUAUCAUCUUAUUACAAAAUUUGGUUCGUCGUGAUCCUGAAUCAUAUCGUGAAGAAUUUUUACAACAAUAUGCACAUUAUGAAUCUUUAAGAGAUAUCUUUAUUGCAAGUCAAACUUCCCAUGAUGCUAGUGAAUUUGCUGAAUUAAUUGGUUUUGUUAGUGCGGUAUCAAGUUGCUUCCCAAAAGAAACUGCAAAUUUCCCUAAUGAAUUAAAAUCUUUAAUUUUAAAUAAUCAUAGAGAUUUAACUCCAGAUUUAAGAGAAAAAAUUAUUCAAUGUCUUGUUAUGCUUAGAAAUAAAGAUGUUAUUACUGCUGAAUCUUUAAUUCAAACUAUUUUCCCUCUAUUGAUUGCUUAUAGUGGUGCUGCUUCAAAUUCAGCUGGUCAUAAUGCUAAAGCUUUACGUCAUCAAGUUUAUACUACUUUAAUUACACUAUUGAAAAAUGUAAAUACUGGAUCAAAAAAUCAAAAAUUAAAUCGUUCUACCCAGGCUUUAUUAUUUAAUUUAUUAGAAGAAAGAGGUCCUCAGGGGAUUUGGGCUACAAAACUAACAAGAGAACUUUGGAGAAGAGGUAUUUGGGAUGAUUCUCGUACUGUAGAAAUUAUGACACAAGCUACUUUACAUCCAGAUUCAAAAGUUGCAUAUUCUGGUGUUAAAUUCUUCUUGGGUGCUGAUAAGGAAAGAGAUGAAGCUAUGGAAGAUGAUAGUGAAGAUGAAGAUGGAUUUGAUAUGGGUGCAUUAAGACAUAAAAUGCAAAUUAAUAAGAAGACAAGUAAACGUGGUAAAAAAUUAGAAACUGCUGUUAAAUCAUUCAAGAAGAAAAAUAAUGCUAAACAUUCUGCUACAUAUUUAAAUUUUAGUGCUAUUCAUCUUUUAAGAGAUCCUCAAGGUUUUGCAGAUAAUUUAUUUUCAACUCAUUUACAAGGUAAAAAUUCAAAUAAAUUUGAUCUUGAACAAAAAAUUGCCCUUAUGAAUUUAUUAUCAAGAUUAAUUGGUACACAUAAAUUAACAGUCUUGGGUAUCUAUUCAUUCUUCUUAAAAUAUUUAACCCCAAAGCAAAGAGAUGUUACACAAAUCAUGGCUGCUUCUGCUCAAGCAUCUCAUGAUUUAGUUCCACCUGAAUCAAUUUCAGUCGUUGUUAGAAAAAUCGCAGAUGAAUUCGUUUCAGAUGGUGUUGCUCCAGAAGUUGCAGCUGCUGGUAUUAAUACAAUUAGAGAAAUUUUAUCAAGAGCUCCAUUAGCAAUUGAUGAAACUUUAUUACAAGAUUUAACUGAAUAUAAAGGUUCAAAAUCAAAACCUGUUAAUAUCGCAGCAAAAUCUUUAAUCUCAUUAUAUAGAGAAGUUGCACCUGAAAUGUUAAAACGUAAAGAUCGUGGUAAAACUGCUUCAAUGGAAUUACAAUCUGGUGAAAAAAGAGGAUUACCUCAAUUUGGUGUUGAUAAUGCAGUCCAAGGUAUUCCAGGUAUUGAAUUAUUAGCCAAAUGGAGACAAGAACAAGGUCUUGGUGCUAAUGAAGGUGAAGAUGAUGAAGCUAACUGGGAAGUUGAUGAUGAAGAAGUUGAUGAUGAAGAUAUUGAAGGUGAUUGGGUUACAAUGGAUUCUGAUAAAGAAUAUGAUAUUAGUGAUGAUGAAGAUGAAGAUAAAAAGAAAGGUAAAGAACAAGAAGAUGAUGAAUCUGAUUCUGAUUUAGACUUAUCUGAUGAUGAAGAAAAUAAAGAAGAACCAACUGAAGAAGAUAAAGAAGCAACUAUACAGAAUAUUGCUCAAUUAGAUCCAGAUGCUGCUUUCAAAGAAUUAGCAUCAACAAGAAUUUUAACUCCUGCAGAUUUCGCCAAAAUUGAAGAAUUAAGAAUGCAAGCUGGUGUUGAAAAAAUUAUGGGUAAUAAGACAAGAUUAAGAAAUGAAGAUGAAGUUGAUUCAUCAUCAUUAAUUGGUCCUGUUAAAUAUAAACAAUUACGUGAAGAAAGAAUCGCUGCAGCAAGAGAAGGUAAAGAUGAUAGAGAAAAAUUCGGUUCUAAGAGAGGUAAACGUGAUGCUCCACAUUCAACAACUAAUCGUGAAAAAUCUAGAAAGAAGAAUUUCGUCAUGAUGAUUCAUAAAAGUGGUGUUCAAGGUAAAGCUAAAAGAUCUUUACGUGAUCAACAAAGAAUUACAAAACAACAUAUUGAAAAACAAAAGAAAGGUCGUCAUGCUUAA